AUGCAAAUGACCACUACUGGACUCUUCAGGGACAAGAUGUUGAACUACAGCCAAUCGUGCGCCGGCGCGAGCAGUCAAGUCAACUCGAGCCGCUACAAGACGGAGCUCUGCCGGCCUUUCGAGGAGAACGGCUCCUGCAAGUAUGGCGGCAAGUGCCAGUUCGCCCACGGCGCGCACGAGCUGCGCAGCCUCACCCGCCAUCCCAAGUACAAGACUGAGCCGUGCCGCACGUUUCAUACCGUCGGUUUCUGCCCAUAUGGCCCCCGCUGCCACUUCAUCCACAACCCGGAGGAGCGGCGGGGGCCCCCGACGCUCUGCCCGCGCCUUCAGCACAGUUUCAGCUUUGCCGGCUUCCCGAGUCCCGGCAGAUCCCGAGACGGCCCCGCCUCGGUCACCCCGCCCCCCGCUCGAUCCGCCGAAGACCUGACGGAGUGGUCGGGCGCCCCUCGACUUCUGGCUCCCAUGUCUCCCACGAUCCCCUUUGCUUUCCGGCCGGCUUCAGAAGGCCCCCCCAGCCCGCUGGAUUCUCUGUCCGACCAGGAAGGUUACCAGAGCAGUCUUGGCAGUCGUAGCGGCUCAGAGUCCCCUCUCCUGGAUGCAUCACGCCGGCUCCCCAUCUUCAGCAGGCUCUCCGUUUCGGACGAGUGA